AUGGUCUCUGAUUCUGUGCGACUACAUGUAACGCCCUUGAGUCCCGAUCUCCUCCAGGUUAUUGUUGGCCCACGCCUGCUCAAGUCGAUCGCCAAUUUGUCCUAUCACACGAUCCAGACGUUUCCCGAGAACAACUACGGUUAUUUCGACCUCCCUGCCAUGGAAGCCGAUAAACUGAAAAAGAAGCUCAACGGGGCAAUAUUGAAAGGCAGGAAGAUUAGGGUCGAAGAGGCUCGACCAAAGAAACGCAGGCGUAUCGAGGAGCCGAGCAAAGAAGAUGACGAUCCCAGGCCGGAGCGUAAGCGGGCGAAGCCAAAGAAGUCCAAAGAGCGUAAUGUUAUUCAGGGCCACGAACUCCCCGUGGAUCGCAAAGUGAAACGCGGCUGGACAGAAGCCAAGUCCACCAAGUCAGGCAAAAAGAACAAGGGCAAAGCUGCCUCGUCUAGCUCAAAAUAUUCAGAUAAAGAUGAGGCGCUUUUUCGAACGAAGGUACCUCCCAAUAAACUUGACUGUGUGGAAGCAACAAAGAAGGAGAAGGACAAGUCGAAGAAGAAAGGCACGCAGCAAGUGGUGCACGAGUUUGAGAAGACCACAAUGCAACCUUCCUUCCUCAAACAAGAUAUUGGGCUAGGCUUAAAGGGAAAUCUACAGUACGUGGAGGGAGAGGGUUGGGUCGACGAACAAGGGCAGGUGGUUGAACAGGAACAUGAGCGCGUUUCCAAGCGCCGCGAGACAAUAAAGCGACGGGGUGGGACCCGUGACCCUCCAUCAUCCCCGUCGUCGUCGUCGUCGUCGUCCUCCUCCUCCUCCUCCUCCUCCUCAGACACUGCCGGAGUCGACGUGGAGUCCAGCUCUCCAGAUGUCGAGCAAAACGAGGAUACGAGCAGUUCGGGCUCUUCAUCUGACUCGGAUUCCGAGGAAGAGACGGUCAGGAGCGCGUCAGCCCAUGAGGCAUCGGAGGCAGAUACAAAACCAGGGGUGCAUCCAUUGGAGGCUCUCUUUAAGAAGCCGAAGGCGCCUUUUUCACAGGAUAUAGCAAAGCCAUCACUGGAGAUCUCGACGUCGUUCUCUUUUUUCGAGUCGGGAGAUCCUGAUGGCCUUGCAGAAGAGCCUGUCGUUCCAUUGACACCCUUCAGCUCUCAGGACAUGCGUUACCGUGGAUUACGGAGCGCAGCCCCAACGCCUGACACUGCUCACCCAAGCCGAUUCAACAGCUAUGGCAGCUCUGGACUACCAGGAGAUGAACCUCAAGAAGAGGACGAAGAGGGAGCUCACGCAGCCGAGUUGGACGCUGGAUCUGGGGCGCAGGAACAGCACGAAGAGCAAGCACCUCGUUCGCAAAGUGAUUUCGAGAAGAAGUUCUGGGAGAACCGGGCGGAAAACAAUCGGUCCUGGAAGCUAAGACGCAGGACUGUGCUCAAGGAGAAGAGGCAGCGUGAGAACAAGGCGCGCAGACCCCGGAACUGGUGA